AGACCCUUUGUUUUGGUUGCUAGAGAACGAGAAAGUAGAGACGACAGGAUGCACCCGUGAAGAGUUCACACUUACAACCUGGAAACGAUCCAUGUAGAAGCGACAAAGGGAGAGAACGAAGCAGGAUUCAUGCAAUCGCAGAGUUCGCUCGCCACCAUUUGUUGCAGAAGGUAUAUGGCUUUGGAAAGGAAGUAAAAGAAGCAGAAACAGAGAGAAUAGAAGGAGAAGAAUUGGCUACGGUUUCUUUUGAGAUUCAAAAAUCAGAAGGAAAUUUCUUUGCGAGUUUUUUCUUGUCCUGUUUGUUUUGGGUAGACUAACAGAGAGGAUCUGGGAAAGAAGAGAAACUCGGGUUUUCCUGUUCAUCAUAAUUCAUAAAAAAUUUGCGACAGCUUACCACUAUUAGACACUCAUUAAAUUUCAUGGAGAGUGGAAGGCCAGAUGCCGAUCAUAGCAGGGAACCCAAGGAAAUGGAACCAAGUGGCUGGGGCCCAACAGCAUGGUCACAUCUCAGCUUGCUCCGCUGCCAAUCACCACUUGUUCAAUGCAUCACCAACUUUGUCUCCAUGGAUCUUGUUGCCAACACACUCCUCUCAGCUGGUGCAUCACCUGCCAUGAUCCACUCCCCGCAUGAGAUCCCCGAUUUCACCCCCAACACCAGUGCCCUUUGCAUCAAUGUUGGCACUCUCUCUGCCGACUGGCUACCACCUAUGAAGAUGGCUGCCAACCUCAUCUCCAAGUCCUCUAAACCUUGGGUUCUCGACCCAGUCGCUGUUGGCUCUUCCACUUUCCGCUUACAAGCUUGUUUGGAGCUCAUCAAGCUCAAGCCUACUGUCAUUAAGGGAAAUGGCUCUGAGAUUAUCGCACUUUCGGAGGCAUCGACUGGUCAUGCUAAGGGUGUAGACAGCGCCCAUGAGUCAAUGGAUGCAGUUGAAGCAGCCAAGUUAUUGGCUCAAGCCACUGGUGCCAUAGUUGCAGUGUCGGGGGCAGUUGACAUUAUCACAGAUGGGCAACGAGUUGUUGGUGUGCGUAAUGGAGUGCGCAUGAUGCAGAAGAUCACUGCAACAGGAUGUGCAGCUUCUGCCCUUGUGGCUGCCUUUCUUGCUGUGGACCAAUCACAUGCUCUGGAGGCAACAGCCUCGGCGAUGUCCGUAUUUGGUGUUGCUGGCGAGAUGGGGAUGAGCAUGGCCAAAGGUCCAGCUUCUUUGAGGAUGCACUUGAUAGAUUCUCUGUAUGGGCUUGAUGAAGGUGUUGUGCUUGGUCGCACUAAUAUCAGUAGUUUGGCAUGAUACUUGAAGGAAUACAGUCAAUUAACAUCAAAUAUAAAAGGCAUGUCAAAAACCUGACAUAUCCAGAGUUUUGUUUACUCAUAGUCAAUAACAGACUUUAGGAAUAUGCUCGAUCAAUCUGCUGGGGUUCUAUUUAUGCAGUAUAACUAUUUAUAGGAACAAAAUGAUGAACUUAGCGUUAUAGGAGUUCACUGGCCUAGCUUAAGGGCUUAUUCUCAUGUAAGAUGUUCAAAUUGUGGGACCAACUGGCAAGAAGGAAAUAAAAAUUCUCUCUUUAACGCUGGCAAAGGAUUAUGAUGCGUUCA